AUGUGUUUUAAAUUAAUGAAACGAACAGAGCAGCAUACCGAGUGCAUGAACACAUACGAAACAAUACCCGUCGACGUGGCUAAUGUGACUGACAACACAACUUUCUGUUACACGUGUCUCACGAAUGAGUACUCGAUAAGCACAUUGAAUUACAACAACAAAACGGGCAUUUCAAGCUCCGUGAAAACAGACGCUUCGUGGGUGUCUCAGGUCAAAUUUACAGAGGCAAAUGGGUAUGGAUCAUUCCUCUCGACAAACUCGGUGUUCGUCCAGUUCCCGACAAAGAUGUCGUCGUUUACCCCUCCUCCGUACUUGGUUCCGUUGAACUUGAUUGUCUUGUACGACGUUUCGUCGUCGAACGAACAGCCAAAGACGUUGUUUUCUUUCUUGAAGAGGUUCACCAGUAUGCAAUUUUUAUAUUUUCUUCCGUUCAACCACUCGCCCCAAAACAUCCUUCAUUCCGGCAGAUGCAAUCAGUCAUCAAUCAAUCAUUUGAUGAAUUCACUUUGCAAAAUUAAGUAUGGUGGUGGAACGAGAUACAGUGACGCCUUCAAUAAGAUGAAAAAUGACGUCUUACGUCAGAAAGAAGAUUUGGUAUCGAAGGUUCUUGACGUUGUCUUGAUUUCUGAUGGCAAUGAGAUUCAGAAUCGAAAACUUCUAUGGAAGGUUUUAGAUGGUAUUCCUGAGGAAUACGUCACAAAUGUGCACACCAUAGAUACGGGGAACGGAACGUGGGGAGAUAAAUUGCGAGAAAUUUCGUGUAAAUAUGGCAACAGCUUUUAUAUAGACAUCAAUGAGAAAACGAUCGAACAGCUCUUGACGGUCUUCUGGCUCCGCGCGAACGUCGCAAAGAGCCAACUUGUACAAGACGGCCAACUGUUUUCUGGAAAGAGUGACACGACGGUUGUUCUCAUGGAACUUCUCUACACAUACCCAGCAGAUAAGAUCUUUGGGAAAAGGAGUUAUGGAGUGAUUGGGGUGUAUAGUUCAGAGAAAACUACGGACACUGACGAGUUUAUGUCAAAUCCCCCCACCGAAGUCCGAACGAUACAAUUGCAAUUGUACGUGUUGAGAAGCUACUUGGAGAUGGAGAUGUGCGGAAACGAAAUCAAGCCGACUGCAGAAGAGGUUGAGGAUAUCAAGAAUUCAAUCAGUUCAAUCGACAAGUGGUAUUCAGGACCGGCUGAUCUGUCAAGUGCCAUCUGCACUAAUGUGAGUGAAACUAAGGCGCUGAAAUGUGGGAUGGUGGAUGGAUGUCAGGCAUUUGAUGCAAAUAAUUACUAUUUGAGAGAAACUUGUGGCGUAAAAGGUGUUGGUUUGGUGGUGUUGAUGGUGCUGCUUCUGUUCGUUUAA